AUGAACCACUUGGAGGGCUCCGCGGAGGUGGAGGUGCCAGACGAGGCGCCAGGAGGAGAGGUGAACGAGUCCGUCGAGGCCGACCUGGAGCACCCCGAGGUGGAGGAGGAGCAGCAGGCGCCCCCGCAGGCCGCCGGCCUACACGGUGCGGUCGAGGACCCCCGCGCGCAGCUGGCGCGGCAGCAGCAGGAAGAGGAGGAGCGCGGGGAGAGCCUGGCGCGCUCGGCCAGCACCGAGAGCGGCUUCCACAACCACACGGACACGGCCGAGGGCGACGUACUCGCCGCGGCCCGCGAUGGCGGCGGCGCCUACGAGGCGGAACGCGCGCACGACGCCGAGGAUGAGAGCGCCUACGCCGUGCAGUACCGGCCCGAGGCCGAGGAGUACACGGAGCAGGCGGAGGCCGAGCACGCCGAGGCGGCACACCGCCGCGCGCUGCCCAACCACCUGCACUUCCACUCGCUGGAGCACGAGGAGGCCAUGAACGCGGCCUACUCGGGCUACGUCUACACGCACCGGCUCUUCCACCGCGGCGAGGACGAAGCCUACGCGGAGCCCUACGCCGACUACGGCGGCCUCCAGGAACACGUGUACGAGGAGAUCGGGGACGCGCCCGAGCUGGAGGCGCGCGACGGCCUGCGCCUCUACGAGCAGGAGCGCGACGAGGCGGCCGCCUACCGCCAAGAGGCCCUGGGCGCGCGCCUGCACCACUACGACGAGCGCUCGGACGGCGAGUCGGACAGCCCAGAGAAAGAGGCCGAGUUCGCGCCCUACCCGCGCAUGGACAGUUACGAGCAGGAAGAGGACAUCGACCAGAUCGUGGCCGAAGUCAAGCAGAGCAUGAGUUCGCAGAGCCUUGACAAGGCGGCCGAAGAUAUGCCCGAGGCCGAGCAAGACCUCGAGCGCGCCCCCACGCCAGGAGGAGGACACCCCGACAGUCCCGGGCUGCCAGUAUCUGCCGGGCAGCAGCGGGUCGUGGGACCCCCGGGUGGCGGCGAGGCUGGGCAGCGGUACAGCAAGGAGAAGAGAGAUGCCAUCUCGCUGGCCAUCAAGGACAUCAAGGAGGCCAUCGAAGAAGUGAAAACCAGGACCAUUCGUUCGCCUUACACCCCCGACGAACCCAAAGAGCCCAUCUGGGUCAUGCGCCAGGACAUUAGCCCCACGAGGGAUUGUGACGACCAGAGGCCCAUGGAUGGGGAUUCCCCUUCUCCGGGCAGUUCCUCACCUCUGGGUGCUGAGUCAUCAAGCAUAGCCCUUCAUCCCAGUGACCCCACGGAAGCCUCCACAAAUAAAGAGUCAAGAAAAAGCUUGGCUUCAUUCCCAACCUACGUUGAAGUCCCUGGACCUUGUGACCCUGAAGACUUGAUCGAUGGAAUUAUUUUUGCUGCCAAUUACCUUGGCUCCACUCAGCUGCUCUCAGACAAAACUCCCUCCAAAAAUGUACGCAUGAUGCAGGCCCAGGAAGCAGUCAGCCGGAUCAAGACGGCCCAGAAAUUAGCCAAAAGCAGGAAGAAGGCUCCUGAAGGUGAAUCUCAGCCAAUGACUGAGGUGGAUCUCUUCAUUUCUACCCAGAGGAUUAAAGUAUUGAAUGCAGAUACACAGGAGCCUAUGAUGGAUCACCCCCUGAGGACCAUUUCCUACAUCGCAGACAUUGGGAACAUUGUCGUGCUGAUGGCCCGCAGACGGAUGCCCCGGUCCAACUCUCAAGAGAACGUGGAGGCUUCUCACCCAUCCCAGGAUGGAAAAAGACAGUACAAGAUGAUCUGCCAUGUCUUUGAGUCUGAGGAUGCCCAGCUGAUCGCACAGUCCAUAGGGCAGGCAUUCAGUGUGGCGUACCAGGAGUUCCUCAGAGCCAACGGGAUUAACCCUGAAGACCUCAGCCAGAAGGAAUACAGUGACCUGCUCAACACCCAGGACAUGUACAACGAUGACCUGAUCCACUUCUCCAAGUCGGAAAACUGCAAAGAUGUUUUCAUAGAGAAACAGAAAGGAGAAAUCCUGGGAGUUGUGAUUGUAGAGUCCGGCUGGGGAUCCAUUCUCCCCACUGUGAUCAUUGCCAACAUGAUGCACGGAGGCCCUGCCGAGAAGUCAGGGAAGCUGAACAUCGGGGACCAGAUCAUGUCCAUCAACGGCACCAGCCUGGUGGGCCUGCCCCUGUCCACCUGCCAGAGCAUCAUCAAGGGCUUAAAGAACCAGGCGCGGGUAAAGCUGAACAUUGUGAGGUGCCCUCCGGUGACCACAGUGCUAAUAAGGAGGCCGGACCUUCGCUACCAGCUGGGAUUCAGCGUCCAGAAUGGAAUUAUCUGCAGCCUCAUGAGAGGGGGAAUAGCUGAGAGAGGAGGGGUCCGCGUGGGACAUCGGAUCAUUGAAAUCAAUGGCCAGAGUGUCGUAGCCACACCACAUGAGAAGAUCGUCCACAUCCUCUCCAAUGCUGUUGGGGAGAUCCAUAUGAAGACGAUGCCAGCAGCCAUGUACAGACUGCUGACCGCCCAGGAGCAGCCUGUCUACAUCUGAGCCGCCCUCCG